UCUCACAAUACUACAUAUUUGCUUAGCGUUCAAUUUUUCUUUUGCCAUUUGCGCAUUUCUGUCGACAAUUGUCUUGCUUCUUCCCGCGGGCGACAUCUCAUUCAACCGCCGAUUGGGGCCAGAGCAGAGCAUCAUGGCUGCCAGUCCUUCGGAUCGCUUCAGCAAAGCCCUUACCAAGUUUCGAGAUGACCUGACCGAGGUACAAAAACAACAAUUCUCUAGCAGCAACCACGGCGAGGUCGAGCGUGCCAUCAAAGAGAUUCAGGCGCAACUUGGCUCCAGAAAGAAGCUGCGGAACUUCGACAGAGUCAAGAUCUUCCUCGAAGGGAUGGCACAGGUGGAGGAGUUGGUCACGAUAUUUCUCAAUGUGAACGACGUCGUGGCAUUCGUAUGGGGACCGAUCAAGCUUGCCUUGAUGGCUGCUAAGGCGAGAAUUGAUAUGCUUGAACACCUGCUGGAGACCUACGUGGAGAUUGGCGAUGUCAUACACGGUCUGGGACAGUACGAUCGGCUGUUCAGGAACCAUGCUGCCGUGAGGGAGAUCCUGGAAAGGUAUUUCGAUGAUGUGCUUCGGUUCCACAAAUGUGUGCUUGACGUCUUUGCGAAACCGGACUUGAAGAGGCUUUUCAGCUACGUCUGGCCGUCCUUCGAAACACGGUUUCGACCCAUCAUCGACAGCUUAAAGCGCCACCGGGCGCUCUUGUCAGACGAAAAGCUGACGGCUGUCAUCGAAGAGAUUCAAGCGUCCCGUGAUUACACCGGAACCAGGCACGGUGAACUCUCCAAAAUGGUCAGGAAUGGCCUCGACGAUCUGAGAGCUACGAUUAACAAGAACGCCGCCGAAUUGCGGGACUCGCUUAUCAACCAAAUAUCUAGCAUCGUGGACAAACUUAACCCACCAGACUAUGAAGCGGACCAACGGUGGGCAUCCGGGAGACGGCAUUCCGCCUCGUCUGGAGCCUGGGUGCUCGAGGAGCCAAGCUUCAUCAGGUGGAAUCAAGGUGGCAUACCACCGAGCAACACUCUCUUCUUGCACGGUAUUCCCGGAUCAGGGAAGACAACGCUACUUUCGCGAAUCAUCGAGCACCUCAAGGACCAACGUACUGAGACAGAGACUACCGUCGUCUUCUUUUACUUCAAGCACAACCAAGAUACCAAGAGGUCAAUGAGCUCAGCUCUUCGCGCCUUGCUGGUGCAGCUUCUUGACCAGGAUGACGCUUCCUUAGAGUAUCUCCAUCAGAAGCUCGCUACAUUGAGUGGCUCUGAUGUCACAAAGCUGGAUUUGUUACAGGAGCUAGUGAAGGAUUGUCUUCUGAGUCAAGACAGUGUCCGUAUUGUGCUUGACGGCCUCGAUGAAUGUGCCGAUGAACCGAAGGCGGACAACAAGGAGGCUCGACGAAUUAUCGAGUGGUUUCACAACUCGGUCAUGCCAGAAGCACUUCCCGGGCGGGUCCGGCUAUUGAUAGCCGGUCAGAGAGACGGGCAGCUCGAGGACUUCCUGUCUCCGCAUCCCAAUAUCAGAUUGGACGGAACUAAGGAUCAUCUAGCGGAUAUCCGGAGCUAUUCUGUGUCUAGGGCAGCGGAUAUACGUGGAAAGUUCUCGUUGUCUUCCUCUGAAGAAACAGAGAUAGUUGAAAGGGUCACAGAUGCGUCAAAAGGCAUGUUUCUGUACGCCACGGUCGUGCUUGACAACCUCCUCAGCCAAGAGUCUCCCGCCGAAUUCGAGGAGGAAAUGGAAAACAAGAACUUCCCCAUGGGGCUUGAUGCAGCCUAUAACCGCGUGGUGGCCCGAGUCUUUGACCGGGCGCCGGAACCUAGGCAACGAUCUGCCGCAAAGAUCCUAGGCUGGCUAGUUUGCGCUGCAAGACCACUAAGAUGGCGAGAGAUUCAGUCUAAAUUUUGCAUCGAUGCCGAAAAGGAAAGCUGCAACUUCAAGAACCGGCGUGUGAGCAGCUGCAAAGUCAUCUGCGGCUCGCUUAUCGAAGUAGAGCAAUGUGAACUCUUCGUGCACUCGGCAUCCGAACAGGUCAUCAAGCUUGUCCAUGACACUGCUGGCAAAUAUCUCGUUCAUCAUGGUCGACUCCGGCUUGCCGAGGAGCAUAUGAACAUGGCAGUCUUCUGCUGUCGAUACCUAGCUUCGUCCCCAUUUACCGCCAACCUCGAACCAGGUGCUGUCCAUGACCUCGCUCUUUCCGGAUAUUAUGGCCUUCAAGACUAUGCCACGGCAUUCUGGCGCUUCCACGUGCGUGCUAUCAUCGUAAACAACUCGGGCAUUCUUACAGACCACCGGCUGGACGUCUUGAGGUCGAUAGUCAGCCUACUCAUAAAGUACGGAAUAUCCCGCACAGUCGAGCCACGUGCUCCAGACUUGACAUCCCACUCGCCCGCCCUGAUAGAAGAUGAUGUUCAGGCACUUCUUGAACCACGAUCAGAUCACGAGAGCCGAUGCCUCAAGGUCUUUGAGCAACGAACAUUGGCCAUCCGGAAAGUCCUUGAAGCAAUCAGUCUUUCCAGUCUAGGUGAUACCGCGAAAGCAGCUGUUAUGGGGCUGCUCGGUGAACCGCGAUUCAAAUGCCCAAAGAUCGAGUGUACGAAGUUCACGCUGGGCUUUCUGGACAGAAAGGCUCGCGAUGCCCAUGUCGACGAUCACGAACGGCCCUUCAAGUGUCUGAGUGAUGGAUGCUAUGCUGGCGCAUGUGGAUUUUCAUCUCAAUCGUCUCUCGACGCCCACGUCAAACGCUUCCAUGCUGAUAGGAACCCCGAGAUACUCUUUCCAGCAGUUCAGCGCAAGAAAGAUAUGGAAAGCCGAGACAUAUUCACAGCGUGUGAGCGAGGCAAUCUUGAAGAAGUCAAGACAUUCCAUCGCGCAGGUGUUGACUUGAACACUUCGAAGCGAAUGGGUUAUCUGACGCCCUUGGUCAUUGCAGCCAGGCAUGGACAUGCCCAUAUUUGCGCGUUUCUUGUCGAGCAUGGAGCCCGCGCAUUCAAACUUUCAGUAUCUGAACAUUCCACUCAACGCUCCUUAUCCGCAUUGAACGAGGCAAUCAAGACCCAAGACCAUGAAAUUUUCCAUUUCCUUUGGCAUUCUGCGGACAAAACGGCCCGGGAUGCUUUCAUUAGUGGACACGAAGAUAUGAACGAUAUCUUUGCAAGGGCCAUCGUCGAUGUUGUCGGAACACCUUCACACGACCUACCGGAUGAGUUCCUUCAAUGCGUGCAGGUCUCAGGUUUUGACAAGGUUCUGCCAAUCAUAUUACGCAACGCAUGCUAUUGGGGUUUCUCAAACGUACGAGUGGAAGCACUGAACACAACUCCGCUCCACAGGUUGUUUGGGAGACUCUUUCCUGAUCUGUAUGAGUCAGAUGGAACAACCUUCAUACACCGCUUCCGCCUCCAAGAUCAAAAUGGCGCAAAAGAGAAAUGGCAUUCUUUGUUGCUCGACAUGGAGGUUGCUAGCCCAGAAGAGCUCAGUGGCCGAGAACGACAACCCCUCCUACAUUGUGCUCUGGGUCAGGGGGCCCUUCCAAUUGCGGCCUUUUUGCUGGAUGUCCUCUUGCCAUAUGGUUCAAGAAUUACAGACUGCAAUGGAAAUACGCCACUUCAUCUUAUCUGGAAUUCUUUGAUUGCAUUUGAGGACCAGAUGCGUUAUAUUGCUCGACGCUUGAUAGAAGCCGACAAAGGCGUGGCUGCAAAUGUCAAGAACUCUCGUGGCGAACUACCAGUUCACAGGAUGGCAUCGUGGGCCCGCAGCACUGGCAAGGAAGUGUUUGACUUAUUGGUCAAGUACACCAGUAAUCUUGACGACGAAACGAAUGACGGCGAGACAGUACUAGAUAUCGCCGCCCGUCGCGGAGAAAGCCACGUUGUCAGGUGGCUUCUAGAGACAAAUCGCGUUACACUUCUGAGGUGGAACAAGAAGGGCCGAACACCCUUCACCUUGGCAGCGGCUAGUCGGCCAGGUGUGGAAACCAUGGCACUUCUACGGUCUGCAAACCAGCCACUCGUCUGUAUGCCUGACGGCACAGCAGACAGACUAACACCCUUGCAUUAUGCGAUGGAUGAUCCUUUUGUGAAUAUGAUAACAGCGAAUGUGAAGUAUCUUCUUUCACUACCUGAAGCAAAAGAGCUGGUAUGGGCGUUCUCAAGGAGCACUGUUUCAGAUAAUCCCCAGAGGCUGGGACAGCUGUUUGAAUUUGCUUUAGCACACGAAUUUGACGACGUGGCGAAAACGGUUCUGCGUACCGAAAAGGCUGAUCUGUCAGCGCUCAACGAGGAGACGCUACAAGCUGUGCAGAGACUCUGGCAGGAGGAUCCUGAGAGUAUGCAUCUUCUGCAACGUGCAGUUGCAUAUGACUGGGAGGAAGAAGUCAAAUAGACGCAGACUUGAUUAGAUGGGUUUCUUUUCUUCCUUUUUCAACGGCGUUUGAGGCUUGUUUUAGAGACGCUCGCACUAAUUUCUUUCUGUACUUACUGCUUAUUCAGACUGCAUACUAGCAGAGACUUUGUCUUCUAUGUUUGAUUGUAAAGGCCAUUCCUGCGUUGAUCCUCAGACGCCUAUCUCCCAAUCAUGUGUGCUCUGAAGCAACUUCACUUGAUCCUUAACAGAACUCAUGACGCUGAUCUUCUGCACAUUUCCGCCCCUGGGAGUUAUUUUAUUUCCCACAGGAUGCUACUUAGCAGCGACUUUGGC